UUGUGGGCGGGUUUUCACUGACAGCCUUUCAGAACGAGGAACUAAACCGCUUUUGGCAGCAGAAACGGAGACAUGUGUGGAAUCUUUGCCUAUCUGAAUUAUCACGUGCCUCGCACCCGCCGUGAGAUCCUUGAGGUCCUUAUCAAAGGUCUGCAUCGCCUGGAGUACCGUGGCUAUGACUCCGCAGGUGUGGGUAUUGAUGGUGGAAACAGUAAGGAAUGGGAAGCCAACUCCAAGAGCAUCCACCUGAUCAAACAAACAGGAAAAGUGAAAGCCUUGGAUGAUGAAAUCCACCGGCAGCAGGAUGUUGAUCUUGAUGUGGAGUUCGAUGUGCACCUGGGAAUCGCUCACACUCGAUGGGCCACUCACGGAGCCCCCAGCCCUGUCAACAGCCACCCGCAAAGAUCAGACAAGAACAACGAGUUUAUUGUCAUCCACAAUGGAAUCAUCACCAACUACAAAGACCUGAAGAAGUUUCUGGAGAGUAAAGGUUAUGAGUUUGAGUCUGAGACGGAUACAGAGACCAUCGCUAAGCUUUUGAAGUACAUGUAUGACAACCGGGAGAGCGACAUCACCUUCGCCACCCUCGUUGAACAAGUCACCCAACAACUAGAAGGAGCUUUCGUCCUUGUCUUCAAAAGUGUGCACUAUCCAGGAGAGACAGUAGGCAGCAGGAGAGGAGGUCCAUUACUGAUUGGAGUUAGAAGUGACCACAAGCUUUCCACAGAUCACAUCCCCAUCCUGUAUCGCUCCGCUGGUAAAGAUAAAAAGAGCUGCAGUACUCUGCCCAGGUUGGACCAGGACACGUGUCUAUUUCCUGUGGACGAGAAAGCUGUGGAAUACUACUUCGCAUCUGAUGCCAGUGCUGUCAUCGAACACACCAAUCAGGUCAUCUUCCUCGAGGACGAUGAUAUUGCGGCAGUGAGCGACGGCCGGCUCUCCAUUCAUCGGAUCAAGCGCACCGCGGGAGACCAUCCGGCCCGCGCCAUCCAGACCCUUCAGAUGGAACUGCAGCAGAUCAUGAAGGGAAACUUCAGUUCCUUCAUGCAAAAGGAGAUCUUUGAGCAGCCCGAGUCAGUGGUCAACACCAUGAGAGGAAGAGUUAACUUUGAGAACAACACAGUGACCUUGGGAGGGCUGAAAGACCACAUUAAAGAGAUCCAGAGAUGUCGAAGGCUCAUUUUGAUCGCCUGUGGGACCAGUUACCAUGCUGGAGUUGCAACUCGUCAGGUAUUGGAAGAACUGACUGAACUUCCUGUCAUGGUGGAGCUGGCCAGUGAUUUCCUGGACCGAAACACGCCUGUCUUCCGAGAUGAUGUGUGCUUUUUCAUCAGUCAGUCAGGAGAGACUGCAGACAGUCUGUUGGCUCUGCGCUACUGUAAGGAGAGAGGCGCUCUGACGGUGGGCAUCACCAACACUGUGGGCAGCUCCAUCUCAAGGGAAACAGACUGUGGCGUCCACAUCAACGCUGGCCCUGAAAUUGGUGUGGCAAGCACCAAGGCGUACACAAGUCAGUUUGUGGCUCUCAUCAUGUUCGCCCUGUUGAUGUGUGAUGACAGAAUCUCAGUGCAGCCGCGCAGGCGAGAAAUCAUUCAAGGCCUCAAAGUGCUGCCAGACUUGAUCAAGGAGGUGUUGAGUCUGGACGAUGAGAUUCAGAAGUUGGCAACUGAGCUGUAUCAACAGAAGAGUGUUCUCAUCAUGGGCCGAGGCUACCACUACGCCACCUGUCUGGAGGGAGCUUUGAAAAUCAAGGAGAUCACAUACAUGCAUUCAGAGGGGAUUCUAGCUGGAGAGCUGAAGCAUGGGCCGCUGGCUCUGGUGGACAAACUCAUGCCUGUCAUAAUGAUCAUCAUGAGAGACCAUACGUACAACAAAUGCCAAAACGCACUGCAGCAGGUGGUGGCAAGACAGGGCCGUCCAAUCGUAAUCUGCGAUAAGGAGGACAAUGAGACCAUCAACAACUCCAGUCGCACCAUUAAAGUGCCUCACUGUUUGGACUGCCUCCAGGGAAUCCUCUGCGUCAUUCCUCUACAGUUGCUCUCCUUCCACCUCGCGGUGCUGCGCGGAUUCGACGUUGAUUGCCCAAGAAACCUGGCCAAGUCUGUGACCGUUGAGUAAACACUUCCUGAUCAAUGCCCCAAACAGACACACUCUCUCUCUCUCUCUCUCUCUCUCUCUCUCACACACACACACACACACACGCAUAUAUAAGCAAGUAGAGAAUAUCAAAACAUGAAGACAAUGAGUUUUAUACAUGCCAGCUUUCAUCGAACGGUCCUAAAGAACCUGAAGUGUUCCUCCUAUAACUGUAUCUCGUCUCAGAGCAUGACCAUUGCUGUUGACUGGAAUGUGAUUUAUUUUUAUUUUUGUCUUUUAGUGGUGGCGUGGUAUGGGGUGGCGACACUAGAUGUCUUAUAACACGUUUCUCUUACGGCUGUUUUAUUGCUCUAUUCAUCAUUUUUGGUUGUCCCAGAAAGACAUCUAGAUGCUUCUCAUCGAAUACACAUGCAUUUGUGUAGUUCCAGUUUGCAUUCAGUGCUUAGUGGUAGUUUGCACACUAUUAAGUUUAUCCGGUUUGCUGCUAUUUAAGGGGAUGCACUUGUUACUGAUGAGCAUAUUUGUCCCGGGAUGACCUCUGAUCAUUUGGGAAUUCCAUAGUUACCCUCCUUUGGUACAUUUGUGCUUUUAUCUGAAUUGGAUAUUAGAGUUCAGUCUCGAGAUCAUGUCUUCUCAAUAAGCAUAACUUUCAUGGUUGGUAAAAUAGUACAGGUAGGCUAAUUCUUUACAAUAAGAUUCAGUACUUUUAUUAGCGUUCAUUAAUCUUGGUUCAUAUUUAUUUUUAUCUAUAUUAAUACAAUUGUUUACAAUUAAAAGAUGUAUAAGUUAACAUUAAUGUAUUAUGAACAAGGAAUAGUAUAUUUAUAUCUUAAAAUGAACCUAGAUGAAUAAAUCGCUAUAAAAUAUGUUCAUGAUGCUUAAUGGAGCAUGCAAAUGUAAACAUUUUCUGUUACCCUAGAAUACAUAUGUUUAUUAUCUUUACUGAUUUCUUCAUUCUAGUUGCAAAGAAAUGAAUGAAAUUCUAGCUGGAAAGGAAGGUAAAAUGACUACAACCCCUGUAGAUGCAUGUGCACGAAGGGUCAAAUAUGACGUGAAUGUAUGAUCUGAUUUACGGUAUGUGGCGACAUUUUAAUGAAGUUUCUAUGUGCUUUUGUUCAUGUUAGGUGUGAUUUCGCACACUGGCCUUGAUGAAGAGAACGAAAUGUUUGAAUAUUGUAGUAUUUGAAGUACCAAAUGCUAAUAGUCCUAUUGGUUCUCUCAAAAAAGGAUGUUUUAAACCCAGAUAUUAGUAUUGAAUCACUGCGUUUGGUGACGCAACACUGUAUCUGGAGUUACUGUAUGAGUGUGAUAUUUAUAAUCAGUUACUGAGAUUAACACUUUAGUCGUGUGCUUGAAAUUUAUGAAUGGCUUCUAUUCUCUGAUUCCUUUAUUUUGGGAGAUUCAGAGGCCUUGUUACAAAGGAGACUGCGAGUGUGUCUCCGGUUUACAGUAGUGUUGCCAAAGGACAUAGACGAGAAAGCGAGAACAUGAAGUAUGUGUUUCAUAACGGCCGCCUCAUACAACGCCACCGUCAGUUUUGAUCGUUUCCAUGGGACCAUUUUGUUUACUUCUGUCUUUCACUUAUGUUUUUGUUUUUAUUGGGUAUAAAAGGGUUAUAUUUUAUAUACUACUUUAUUUGGGAUUAAAAUGCUUGCGUACCUCAUUUGUGAUUUUUAAAUUUCAUGAUUACAUUAAUAUGUUGUGCAUUAAAUCAACAUGAAUAAAGAUUAUAUCAUCUGAAACUUCUGUUCAAAGCAUUAACCAAAAAUGUCUUGGGAGCGCUUUAUUUGAAAGUCCUUUUCCCCAUAUUCAUAUUACAAUAACUAGGUAUUAACCAUGAACCUAAACCUAACCUUAACCCAUGUGUCACAGUACUUGUCUUAGGUAAGUAAUGUAACAUAAAGUGCAACCAAUAUGUAACCAAAGGAUGAUGAAGGGUCAUAUGGGGCAAUAAUUAUGAAGGCAAAAUUACAGUUAUGUGCUUAUAUUUUUUAUUGCACUCUGAAACUAAACUUGUAAAUUAUGCCAGCUAAAGGGGUUUAAGUAUUUCCCAGGCUAAAAUACUGGCAUUGCUCUUUGCAUUGCUUUUAGAUUUUACAAGAGCAUCUUAAAUAUGAUUUUUGUGGGGUAAACGCAUGUCACAAUGUGUUUGGGCAGUGUGUACAAGAUUUAAAAUGAUGAUCAAAAUAGUUAAUAAAACGUUCAGUCUUUCUAA